AUGGGUCGCAAGAGGUUUCCAGAUUUCCCGCCGGAGGGAUUCAAGGGCAGGACCCUCCGCCCGGGGGACCCGGGGUACACGGAGGCGCGGCAGAUCCCCAACGCGCGGUACGGCAACGAGCCGGCCCUGAUAGCGCAGUGCCUCGACGCCGACGACAUCGUAGCCGCCGUGAAGUACUGUGACGCCCACGGGGAGCCGAUUGCCAUCCGUAGCGGCGGGCACGCCAUUGACGGGCACGCGAUGCCGCAGGACGCCUUUGUCAUUGACACGACGCCCAUGAAGAACAUCGCCGUCGACCCCGAGACGGGCGUCACCACCAUCGACGCCGGCGUCCUCCUGGGCGAGAUGGACGCCGCCACCCAGGAGCACGGCUACGUCGUGCCGUCGGGCACCGUCUCGGGCACGGGGGCCGCGGGGCUCACGCUCGGCGGCGGAAUGGGAUACCUGACGCGGCGGUUCGGCAUGACGGUCGACAGCCUGCUGUCGGUGGACGUGGUGACGGUCAAGGGCGAGCGGCUGGUCGCGUCGAGGGACCAGAACCCCGAGCUUUUCUGGGGCCUCUGCGGCGCCGGGCACAACCUCGCCGUCGCCACCUCCUUCACGUACCAGGCGCACAAGGUCGGGCCCGGCGUCGUCAGCGGGCUCAUCAUCUACGCCAUCGACGAUGCCGCCGGCGUGCUCGCCCAGCUCGACGCCGUCAUGCGCCGCGCCCCGCGCGAGCUGACCAUUUACCCGGUGGCUCUGCCGGCGCCGCCGCUGCCCGGCCUGCCGGGGCACAUGGUCGGCGUGCCCAUCCUGGUGCUCAUAGUCGUGUACACGGGCGCGCCGGACGGGUACGAGGCCGCCAUGGCCGGGGUGCGCUCGCUGGCCGCGCCGCUGGCCGACAUGGUCCGCCCGGCCAGCUGGCUGGAGACAAACUCCAUCCUGGACGUGCUCGCGCCGCCGGGCCGCCGACAGCGACAGCCCGGCCGCGGCGGCUACCUGGGCGGAAUCACGGCCGAGGUGGCCGGCGUCAUCGUGGCCGGCGUCAGGGCGGCCCCGGCGGCGACGAGCCCCGGCCCCAGCGUCGCCAUCGCCCUCCCGUGCCUCGGCGGCGCCAACUUCGACUUCCCCGAGGACUCGACGGCCUACUCGCGCCGCGGGGCCAACUGGAUGUGGGAGGUGCUGGGCAUGUGGGACACGCCGGACAGGGACGCCGAGUUUGAGCGCUGGGUCGACGGCGUCAUGGCCGCCAUGACGCCCUUCUCCCUGCGCAACGGCUACGUGAACCUGUCCAUCGACCGGGGGCCCGAGUGGCUGAGGAAUCUGUACGGCUCCGAGGAGAAGUGGGCGCGCAUCUGCGCGCUCAAGAAGGCCUUUGAUCCGCACAACCGCCUCCGGUACAACAAGAACGUUGCGAGGGCCGCGCUGGGGGCAGCCCCUCCCCGGUCCUGGAUGUCGUCGUGGGUGCCAUCCUCGUGGAUGGGCAGUGCCGCGUGGGCGCUCUCGUUUCUCGUCGUCUGCAGAGUCGGCGUGUAUGUGCAGCCCAACUGGGGGCUGGCGUUGUAUCUGGUGAGGCGGUUCGGCUCGAGCGGUAACGGGGCGUCGUGA